UUCCCCACAAAAGUGUUAAACCGGAUUAAAAGUUGAACAUUAAUAAGCAGCAACGUUCGCCGUUCGGUAAAACGUUGAAAAAACGGUUCAACUAAAGCAGCAGUUAAUCGGUUUGAGACGCGGCUCACGCACUGCGUGUAGUGAUUAGGGCGCAUUGCUGUGUAAUCACUGACUGAAGUUGUGAGGCAGACUGCGCUCCCUCUCUUUCACACACGCACGGGUGAGGAGGAGACAGAGAGGAAGAGAGAGAGUCGCGAUAGGAGACAAGAGGCGGCGGAGGCGCUACGUUCACUUUCUCACAGGCUCCGGUCGAGCCUGUGUGGUCUCUCCCCGCGCUGUUGCUAAGGAAAUGGAUGGCUUGAAUGGAUCGGUGGUCCGGACUGAGCCGUCCUCCUCGCCCCCUCACCACAGCAGCCUGCCGUGUUUCAGUGCGUGUUUACGGGAAUUACUGCUAAAAACGUGACGCGUCCGCUCCAGCUCUGCACCAGUCGGGUCCAGUGGAGCUGCAGCUGGAGAGGAGAGGUUAAGAAAGGCAGAGGGGUCGACGAGCCUGGCUGGCGCCGGGUGGAUGCUGCCUGAAGACGACAAAGGCUGAGGCGGCAGCACUGACUCAGAAGAGGAGCAUGGCAUCCACUGGCAUGCAGAUAUUUGGAUUUGUCCUGGCGCUGCUGGGCAUUAUGGGGGCCACGGUGGCUACCCUGCUGCCCAACUGGAAGGUCAGCGCGGAUGUGGGCUCCAACAUCAUCACGGCCAUCUCCCAGAUGCAGGGAUUGUGGAUGGACUGCACCUGGUACAGCACCGGCAUGUUCAGCUGCACCCUUAAGUACUCGGUGCUCUCACUUCCUGCAUACUUGCAGACUGCACGCACCACCAUGGUGCUCUGCUGCGUGCUGGCCGCAAUGGGCCUCUGCCUUGCCUCUCUGGGGCUGAAAUGCACACGGUGGGGAGGCGGACGCCGUUCCAAGCGACACGCCGCCAUCGCCAGCGGCGGCUGCUUUGUCACCGCUGGCUUUCUCUGUCUGGUGCCCGCUUCUUGGUUUACCAAGGAGGUCAUCACAAACUUCUUGGACUCCAGCGUGCCCGAGAGCAAUAAGUUUGAGCCUGGGGGUGCCGUGUAUGUGGCCUUUGUUUCAGCAGGUUUCCUUUUUGUCGGAGGGUCCAUAUUCUGCAUGUCCUGCCCUGGGAAAAGACACGGCCCUCAGGACCUGGUUCUGCUUCCUCCGCCGGACAAACUGCUGCUCCAGCAGCAGCAACAGCUGCUCCAGCAGCAGCAGGAGCUCCAGCACCAGUACUGCUCUCUCUCCCCUUUAGACAACAAGACUGGCUACAGCCUGCAGGAUUACGUGUAAUAAAGCAGCAGCUAUAGGGAGGCAAGCCUGAGGGAGAAAACCGUCACAGUUAAAUCCAUACGUCAGGCCGUACUGAACGCAGCGAGAGGAGGGCAACAACUUUGAAUUCAUUUUUGUCUCCUUUUACUCUGUUUUGCAAGCACAAGCGGUAGAGGUAUUCCCUGAGCAGCGCCUUCGUAGGAAACAGCGCAAAUGUGAAAGGAGGCAGGAUUCAUGCAGCAGAAUGGAAGGAAGCUCUCAACAAAAUGCAGAUUAUUCCUCAGUAAAUCACAGAAAGCGCUCCCGGGAAUGGAUUACGCAAAUAAGGAAGUCGUCUGUGUAGAUUUUCCCCUCCCUCUCCUCACCAAAGCUUUGAAUAGAAAUAAGCAAUCGUUUAGCUGCUACUUACAAUCGUUCAUAAAGAUCUCUCCCCCACCCUACAUAGGUAAUAUAUACACCAGAGAGCAGAAAGUAAAACCCCUUCCAUAGCAAGCCAUUUUAUUUUUUAGAAUACAUAUCUCCUAGAAUGCAACCUUGAAUUGAUUGAAAUUAAAAUGGUAAUAUUUUUGUUAGCUAGAAGGAUGUUGAUAUUUUUGCCUCUGAAGCAUGCCGUGUGGAGCCUGUUUGCGUAAUACAAUGUUGGAAUGCUUGGUAGAGCGACUGAACCACACAAUGCCUGUGCCUGAAAACAAAGCUGUAGAAACAUUAACCCUGCUGGAAGUGUUGAAAGAGGACUGUCAGGAGCAAAGGAUGUGAGGCUGCUGGCUGACAAAGACGAGACGGACAGACAGAUGCCCGCAUAUCACUCUGCAGGUGGAGAUAUGGGAGAAAGGGAGAGAAAUUUUGCAGGAAAAACAUCUAAUCGCUUCAGAUGAAUGGACGUUUUCAUAUUUCCCAACCAGACACAAUCAACCUGUGUGUAACUUGCAGCCUGUCUAUUGCAACAAUCCACUGUAGACAUUUACACCCACACCAAAUGCAUUAUUUUUGUGCGCUUUUUGUGUGCAUAGUAAACAUUCAGAGGCUUUUCACAUGUGCUUUUCACUCGUCAACCGCCUCUUCGCUGCCAUGGAGACAUAUUUGCCAUUUAAACAUCUUUAUUAUCUGUCAAUCACAAAUGUUCUUUUAAAAGGGGCAUCCUUUCAUGCAGUCAAAUCCUCCUGCUUUCAGUUUCUUUAGAUGAAUCUCUGUGUAGAAGCUUUUAGAAAACUUUUUUCCUUGCAAUGUUUUUUUUAACCAUUCCCUCAUCAUAUCAGCAUUUAAUGGUCCAGCAUCGCAGGAACACGAUUGAAGAUAACCAGAGGCUCCUUGAGUCAAGAGGAUAGUUAUGUGGCAGACGACUAAAAAAGCUUUGAGUCAUUCUCCAUAUGUGACUUGUUUUCCAAGUGCGUCAGCAACGAGGCGCAUAUGUUACCAGUCUUCACCUGCAGAAGCUCUCGGUCUAAAAUUGUGUCCACUUCACUGUCCCACUAGCCCCACCUUUCCUCGUACUCCUACCAGUCGCUCCUGUUUUUUUUCUUUACUCCUUUCCAACUCAUUCACCCUGGCCUGUUUGUGUCAGCCGUCACAUGGAUGUGAUCCCUGACGAGAGAACGCUGAUGCAUGCUGAAAGCGUGUCCUCCUCAAACACACAUCCACACCAGGCACACACGCUUCUUCCACCAAUUGCCACCCACACGUACCUACUCAUGUGUCAUUUGCAGGGCUACGCUUUCAUGGUUACAUUUCAGGGCGAGUCUACACUUUGACUCUGAGCACAGGAAUAUUGUGUUUUGUGCAUGGUGCAGGCAGGGAUGUAUAGAACUGCACAUUCUCUCCUUUUUUCUCAUAAGCAUGCAGCUUCCUGGGGAAGUGCAGAUGGCUGAGCGCAGUCUGCCAUCUGCAGGCGGCUGCCAGCACACCAUUGGUUCCUCAGUGGGUGCCGCUGGCAACCUUGGCAGCCCUGCAGUGCUCGAACUGGCACAUGUCAGAGCUGGCCACCUGACAGAGAGACACUGCCCAGGCACCACUACUGAUAAAUGCAAUAAAACUAGUAAAGAAUGUGCCAUGUCAUCAGCUAAUACUGACACAUCAUGUGUUUGAGAAUGUGCCAAAUUGUCUCAUGAUGACAAAUUUUAAUAUCUGGAAUUUUUCUGUUUAUUUUUCUAUGAAUUUUACAUUUUAAAAUGUUUUAUGGAUUUGAGAUUUGUUCUGUCAAACCAGAUGCUUGUGUGCAGUCCUUUGCAGCUUCCGAGGGUUAUUUUAAAUCUUUUUAUUCCUCAUUCGCCUCAAAGCACAGCAAGACUCCACAGUGUCUUGUAAAGUAUUCCUAGCCCUUUAACCGCAAUCACAAAUUUCUAAAUAUUUUAUUGUGCUUUUAUGGGAUAAGAGUAAAUAGAAUCAUAAGGAAUAUUAAUCUCAGUAUAAAUGCAGAUCUUGUGUGGGGUUUAUCUUUAUGUGAGACCAAGGAGCACUUUUGACAACCUAAGCUUUGGAUGAAUAACACUCAAUCUCAAAAUGGAAAAAUAUGGAACAACUGUGACUGUAGUCUGCCUAGAAAUGAUGCACCUUACCCAGCCAGACUACCUGGCUGGGUAAGGAAAGCAGCGCUGCAAAGUUCUGAGUCAAUACCAUGUGCAGUUUCACAACUGCAUAGAGCUUCUGGCUGCAAUAUUUUGGAGUUGGGAAAAUGGGAAUAAUGUAAUUGAUAUUGAUCGUAAUAUUCAACAAUAGUAGUGCCCUUUCAUCAUUUCCUGUUUUCCUCUUAGCAUAACUCAGAAAAGCAGCCAAGAGGCUCAUCCAUUCCAUUGAGAGUAAUCUAUAGAUGCCUGAAGAAAGCCAUUAGAAAUUCUGUUUGCAGUGUGUUUAAACUUUUUUAUAUGUAAAAGAUGUUUUGAGCCCAUGUCCCCUUCCUAAUAACAUACCACUUUUUUAGCACAAAAUUCAAUGCAUGGAGGUUUCUGAUGAAAUGUAAGAAAAAAAAAAGAUGAAAAUGCUCAUAGGGCAUGAAUACUUUAUCAAGGCACUCUAAGUGUGGGGCUUUAAAAAUGUAUUUAUAUCAGGAAAUAUGAUUCCGUGUUGGCCUGUGACGACUGUACACAAGUGUCUGUGACUUUAACAGUGUUUUGUUUGUUUAUUAGGAGGAUUUGUCAUCCUUCAGAUUGUUUCAGUCGAAGAUAAAAUACCACGUUCAUGCCAUAUCUUCUUUAUAAGAAGACUACUCAGUGCACUUUUUAUUUAUGUUUCUAUUUGACAGCAGUUUGGUUCAAAUGAAUGAGCAUUCCAGGCUCUCUGGACCAGUAUCAAUACAUAACACAAGUGGGCACUCUGGACAAAAACAAAAGAGAGCAAUUUCUGUCUGAUGGGAUUCAACAGGGAAAUACCAGGUAGUUUUUUUUAGUGGCUGUGCAGCUUAAUCAUCAGCACGCAAUUUUAUUUGCUUAUAAAUGGCCAGAGUGCAAUGUGACUAGGUCCUUAAAGUCUACAGAGUUACAACUCUUUGCGUAUACUGUACCAAGACAUUGGAUUUAUUACUUUGAUAACUGCAGCUUAUUUUUGUGAAUGCUUUAGCACUUCUUACUUUGCCAGAGCAUAUUUGUGAUGAGCAGUUCACAAGUUCUGAUACAGUUGUCUCAAUGUGCUUGUGCAAGUAGUUCUAUUUUUUACCAAUAAAACUAUUUUGUGAAAGCAUA